GGUUUGUGGUGGGCCAUGCUGGGUUGUACCAAGCCCUGGCCAUGUUUGCAGUUGCAUACUUCAUCAUUGGCAUGACAGUGCUGUCUGUGUGUGCCAUUGCCACCAACGGGGCUCUGGAUGCCGGAGGAGCCUACUAUAUGAUCAGCCGUGCUCUGGGCCCAGAGUUUGGGGGCAGCAUCGGAAUCAUGUUUUUCCUGGCCAACGUGUGUGGCAGUGCCCUCUAUGUGCUGGGGCUGGUGGAGGCACUGGUGGACAGCUUUGGAAUCCCACUUGGGCAAAAAGUGGGCACAGGCUUCCAUGUCUUGCCCCAGAGCUACUGGUAUGAGCUGCUCUAUGGCACUGUGCUGCUGGCCCUCUGCCUCCUUGUGUGCCUUGUGGGUGCCUCCAUCUACGCCAAGGCCACCUUCCUCAUCUUCCUCAUCGUUGUGGGUGAAAACUUCUUUGCCACGCGGCCCCUCGGAGUGCCCAUCCACCUGCCCCACCUCAAUGGCUCUAAGACUGAGAAUGGCAAUUUCACUGGCUUCUCUCUCGCCACCCUACAAGACAACCUGCGGGGUGGGUAUGGGGUGGACUACACCACCGGGCAGAGGAUGAGCUUCAGCUCCGUCUUUGCGGUGAUGUUCAACGGCUGCACUGGCAUCAUGGCAGGCUCCAACAUGUCAGGGGACCUGAAACGCCCAAGCUACUCCAUCCCACGGGGCACUAUCUCUGCUGUGCUCUUCACCUACCUCGUCUACAAUCUGCUGGCUUUCCUCAUGUGUGCCACCUGCAACAGGAUCCUCCUGCAGAAAGACUAUGGCUUCUUACGUGACAUCAGUAUCUUCCCGCCCCUGGUCACUGUGGGUAUCUACGCUGCCACCCUUUCCGCGGCCAUGAACAACCUCAUUGGAGCAUCUCGCAUCCUGUAUGCCCUGGCCCGAGAUGAUCUCUUUGGCCGGGCGCUAGCACUGGCCAAGAAGACUUCUGCCAAUGGGAACCCAGUGAUGGCAGUGAUCCUCUCGUGGCUGGUGGUGCAGCUGGUGCUUUUCUCUGGGAAACUCAACACCAUUGCGGGGGUCGUGACCACCUUCUUCCUCCUGGUUUACGCCACUGUCAACCUGGCCUGCCUGGCACUGGAGUGGGCAUCAGCCCCUAACUUCAG